AUGUAUUGUACCUCUCAACAAGAUAAAUUUGUCGUGGAAUGUGAUGAACCAAUUCCAACGAAAAGGGCCCGAGUCGAUGACAAUGACAAGAUAAUUAAUCAAUUUCUGAAACUUGAAGAACGCUUGAAUCUUUUAUACAACUCAAGAUACGAAGCCAGCGACUCGAUUUUAGAUAUGUUGUCUCGGCCUUGUGUUCUGGAUGAACUUGACCAAUGCCGAGUUGGGGAAUCCUGUGGAAAAUUGGAGGUUGCUGAAGCAUUGAACCGUGGGGUCGCUAUGGUUAUUGAGUAUGCCAAGUCGUUUGAUGUUUUUCGACGAAUGCCCCUGACUGAUAAGAUAACACUGUUACGCGACGUAACUUUAAUCUUGGAAUUGCUUGAGAGUGCCUACAAAGCAUUAAAUGACGAUGAUAGCUUAAUAAAUCAGGACUUUAGUUCUAAUGACGGCAAGAGAAAGGAAGUGAUGGAGCAUUUUGAGGAGGGAAAAAACAGCGAAGAAGCUGUGGUACUAUUGGUUUUGGAAUCCCUAAGCCGGGCUGAGCUUGACCGGACAGAAUUCGUGCUUUUCAAGGCUAUCGUAUUUUUACGCUCAGAAUGCUUUAAUCUUUCAAACCAAAGUUGCACUUCGUUGUUCAAGAAACGGCAAGAAAUGCUGGACGUUCUUUUUGAAUAUAUGUUAAACACGCACGGAAAGCAAGGCCCAGUCAAAUAUGGCAAUGUGCUGUCAAUCUUGUGGACCUUGUUCACAAUAUCUCAAAGCUAUCGGGGGGCGAUACUCAAGUUUGAUCUCAAGCCACUGUGUAAAGAAAUUUUGUCGUCGAAGAUGCCCGAAGCACUUGCUUAG